GUUCGGCAGCAAACCAUGGAAUCCAUCGGCCAGCUUGAACUAUCUUUCGUGUGUGUAGCAGUUGAACAUGCUCUGACCAAGUUGCAAAUUAUCAAUCUGAACCCAACCAACGAUGAGCUAUUGGAUCCAACUGGCACCUUCAGCAUCGACGAUAUCCUGAAUCAAAAAAUCUCUUUGCUUGAAGACUUCCACUUCCUCACAGUGAAAUCGAUCUCGCACGCUGAGGAGCAAGCAGUCAGCGGCGUUCAUCGAUCCUCCGUCAGAUUGCACUAUUCCAACCUGCUGUUAGAAAUCGAUUCAUUGGAAGAGGAGUUAGCUUCUUUAAGGAGAACUCUUCACGACUUGCAAGAUAAAUUUUAUAAACGGAAACAACUGGAAAUCGCCAAGAAUCGGUUGGUUAACAAGUGGGAACUGGCACGACAAGAGCAGCAGAUUGAUUCGCUAAACAUUCGCUCGGCCGAGUUCCGAGAGCAGACGAAGCAGCAACGGCUGGCAGUUGAAUUGGCACUGGAUGCUGCAGGGAGGAUCGAUCAGUACUAUAGUGAGCAGUUGGACAACGUUCAGACUGCCAUCAGCGAUUGGAUGGAUCGUUUCGAUAGGGAAAAGGAUGAGGUGGAGUCUCGUGCUCAGAAAGCUCGCGCCCGGAAGAAGCGCUGGGAUGAAAUGCAAGCUGAAUUUGAACAACGAGCGGCCGAUAUUGCUCACUUGGAAAGAACUGAAAUGCAAUACCACAAGGAUGCGGAGCACAGAAAAAUGUGUCAGAAGUAUGCCGUUAAGAUACAGGCAUGGUGGCGUGGUGUGAUGGUGCGCAGAGGUCUUGGUAAAAAAGAAAAACCUAAUGUUGGAAAAAGGGGUAAAAAAGGCAAGAAGGAAACGAAAGAAAAAGGCAAAAGUGUCAAGAAAUAAACUUUCGAUUAGGGUCAAAGGUUGGUCUAUACCUAUUCAAAAUGU